AGCUAUCAUGGAUCCCCGCCUCAGUGUCCAGGAUGUCAUCAGAUGUGACCUAUGUGAGACAGCUAUAGUACAGAUGUACUGUGAUUUCUGUCAUGUCAAUCUUUGUAAACCCUGUAUUGGGGAACACAUAUCUGAUGAUUAUGAAAAACAUAAAAUUGUCCCAUUUCAACAAAGAAAAUCCACGUUGAUCUAUCCAAAGUGUGCAACACAUCAAGCCAAAACUUGUGACAUAUAUUGCAAGGAAUGUGACAUACCUCUUUGUUCUAUAUGUGCAAUAUCUGACAGUCAUAAAAAACACAAAUGGUCGACCCUUUUUGAAACUUACAAUUUAAAGCGAGAAACCAUUGAAAAAGAUUUGGAGGAAUUAGAAAACAGAAUUUCUCCAACAUAUAAAGAAAUUGUCACUGACACAGAAACCCAGAUUGCAAACUUAGACAGAGAAUAUGGGGAACUUACAACAGCACUGAAACAACAUGGAGAAGAAUGGCACAGAGAGAUUGACAUCAUUGUCAACAAACUGACAGCAGAAAUUACAGAGAUGAAAAACAAACACCUGGACAUUCUGAAGAAACAUCUGGAUGAAAUCAAAAAGAUACAGUCAGUAAUUGAACACACAUUGCUCCACCUGAAAAAUGUUGUAGAAUCAAAUGAAAUAUCUACAGCCAUGGAAUUCAGCUCUAAAGACAAAGAUUUCAGCAAACUUCCUCCUAGAGUUCUGGUAUCCCUGCCAACAUUUACACCAAAGGUGAUAGAUAGAGAACAGCUUUACAUGUUGAUUGGGUCUCUGACACCAUUAUCUACCACAACAGAAGAAAAUGGCUACACACUGAAGAAACCAAAGACAGCAACCAGAGAACUGCUGGAAGAAUCAGAGCUUAUCACUACUAUAAACACUGGGUAUAAAUACCUCUGUUGUGUUAUCUGUCUCAGUGAAGAAGAAAUCUGGACAAGUGCACACCCAGACAGUGAAAUCAAAUGCUUUUGCAUUCAAGGCUCACAUAUCAAGAAAAUCAAAACAGCAACUGGAGAAAGGCCAAAUGAUAUAGCAGUGACAAAGGAUGGGGAUCUAGUGUAUGCUGACUGGAAAACAAGAUCUGUGAAUAAAGUGAAGAAUGGACAGACAGAGGAGGUGAUCAGACUACAGGGCUGGGUACCAUGCAAUCUCUGUGUCACCUCCUCUGGUGAUCUCCUGGUUACCAUGCACAGUGAUGAUGAAACACAAUCCAAACUUGUCCGUUUCUCGGGCUCCGCAGAGAAACAAACAAUCAAGUUUGAUGAUGAGGGUAAACCUCUGUAUUCAGGAAAUAACACAAUCAAGUACAUCAAUGAGAACAGAAACUUGGAUAUCUGUGUGGCUGACUGUGGAGCUGGUGCUCUAGUAGUGGUUAACCAGACAGGCAAACUCCGAUUUAGAUACACUGGUCAUCUUUCUGCUACAAAGAACAAACCAUUUGAACCUCGUGGCAUCACAACAGACAGUCAGGGUCAGAUCCUGACAGCAGACAGUAAUAACCACUGUAUCCACAUCCUAGACCAGAAUGGACAGUUCCUCCGUUUCAUAGAUAACUGUGACCUGAAGAAUCCAUGGGGAGUAUGUGUGGACAAAAAUGACAACUUGUUUGUGGCUGAAUUCAAAGGAAAUGUAAAAAAGAUCAAAUAUUUACUGUAAUGUUACUUAUACCUCUUGAAAAUUAUGAUAGCCAUGGUAAAUUCUUUUUUUAAUGUUUGUUUAUCUGUCUGUCCAUAAAUUAUCCUUGACCAUAAAAACGAUGUAAGAUGAAAUCUUUAUAUUCCACUCAUGGUGCCAAUUUAGAAUAAAAAGUUGAGAUGAACCUUGUAACUGCAAGGCGCAUUGUGGUUCACCAACUCUCAUAUUUGUCUCCGCUUUAAGUAAUUUUGA